AUGAAAUUUUUACUAACCACUUUAUUAUUUCUUUUUUUAACUAAAUAUAUCACUGGUGAUUUAUCCCAUUCUUAUCUGAAUCGUCAAUGUAAAUCUCAGAAAUAUUCAAAUCCAUUUAGAUGCCCAGAAUUUAAUAGUGAUCUUGUUCGAAUAGAUAUUGCUACAUUUUAUCAACCUAUAUCAGAUAACUGUUCAAGUAGCUGUUUUUCUGAACCUUCCUACAAGAAAAAGGUACUUUACAAUAAGGAUUGGAUUAUUCUUCAUGAUUGGUCUGCUGCAUACAAAGUAAACUCUCUUCUUUAUAAUCCACAUUGCUAUCCGGAAGGGACUUUUGUUGUUGAUGGAAAUAUUCCAGUUUCUCUUUUAAAAGAUAGAGUGAAAUUUAAUUCAACAUUUAACUAUAUUAUAAAAGAAGGAGCUCCAUUAAUUUCAUUUUUACCCACUUUUGGUCGUCAUGAUGAUCUUUCAAUGGCAGUUGAAGAGAAAGAAUUUUUAAUGUUUCUCACAUUAUACUUAAUGAAAAAUACCACUGAUUAUGAAGAUGAAAGUCACCAGAGAAAUACUAAAUUUUAUGAUAUUGCUACUGAUAGUAAAUUAAAGACUAAUGUGACGGAUAUUGGUACAACUCAGAAGUUAUUUCACAGCAUGUAUUUUGAGGCAAUGGAGAUGUUAAUCGAAUCUACUGAAAUGAAAUGGAACCAAUUAUGUGAAACUGCCAGUUCUGACAAUGGACAAUUUUAUGAAGAAGUGAUGGCUAUUGAGUGA